CAUCUUAAUUUUCAUCUUAUCAAAAUCAGUUGAAAGAUAAUUUUAAUCUGUGAUUAAAGAUUCUAUAAAAAUAUCAGUUUGUUAAAAUGAUAAGCAGUCGUAAUUUGUACAUUGUACAGUGAGGAAGUCGAAAAAUUUGCAUAUCUACUUAUAUUCUAGGUUUUAAACAAAAAAUUAACAUGGAAUUAGAAAUUUAUACUUUAAUUAUAGUGCCUCUUGUUUGUGCAAUUUUCACUUAUUUUAUUUUAUUUAAAAAAAUUAAAAAUAAUGGCGUUUUCAAAAAAUCAGUUUUUACAAUGUGGUAUUCAACGUUAAAGUUUUGGUGGUGUGAUGAAAAGAAAAGUGUCCAUACCUAUUUAGGUGAAGAAAAAUUUGACAAAUUGAGGAUUAUUGAAGAUAUGAAAAUUGAAGAACUGCAAAAAAAGUUUCAUGAAGAUAUUUCAGUUUGUUCUUUAUUUUAUGGGACGGAUAAAGAGGGAAAUUCAUUAUUUCUGAAAUUAAAUCAUAAAGGAAAUGAUAAGGAACUUAUACUAUUUUUAUAUCUCUCUGAUGGACGAGUAUAUGAACUUCCAGAUCAUCCAAGUACAAUAGCUUUUAAUUCUACUAAUCAAAGUUGGUCAAUUGGUGGUAUAAGGAUAUCUAUUUGUGAACCUUUUAUACGAUGGCGAAUAACAUUUAACGGACUUUUGAGAAAUGGAACUAGAAAAAAUAUUACAGAUGAUAUAGGAAAAAUGGAACAUGUUCGUUUUAAUUUUAUAUUUAUUGCUAAUUCAGUGCCCCUAACAAAAUCAGAUAUUUUGAGAAAUGAUGUAAAUAAAUAUUCUACGGAAUCUGAAGGUUUUGAUCAAUGGGGUUCUUUUGUUGGACAAAUUCUUUUUGAGGAUAUGAGUACUAAAGAAUAUUUUCUACGAGGUUUACGUCAACAUAAAUGUGAAAAACAAUUAAACUCUAAAUUUGACAAAGUAUUGAGCUAUUUUGGAUCAGUUAAUGGACUUACAUUUUAUCUAAAUAUUGGAAAAUUGAAAGAUAGUUCAGAAAUUGUCAAAUUUGGACAUUUAAAAACGAUAAAUAAUACAAUAUUUGAUAUUGAUUGGAUGAAUUUAAAUAUCGAUUAUGAUGUAAAUUUGGAGAAAAAUGAUUCUGAAAAUAUUCAUUUCAAGGCCGAUGAAUAUUAUGAAUUUUCUGUAAAACUUCAAAAAGAUUCAAAACGUUCUUUACAUCAUGGACAUAAUGUUGAUGAGAAAUAUGUGACUUACAAUAUUAAAUUAACACAAAAGAAUGAAGAAGGAUCAGGUUUUGUGUUUAUAUGGUAUCCGCAGAAAAACUUUGCCACAUCGACAGUAACUAUUUCGGAAAUUUCGAUUCAUUCUCCUCAAUUUCAGGAUUUAAACAUUUUUACUGUACCAUUUCGAGAUGAUAUUUGUCAAAAUGAAGAACUUGUAGGAGGAAAAGCAAAAUCACUUGCUUUAUUAUCUUCGAUUGAAACUAGCGAUUUUUACGUUCCUCAAGGAUUUUGCAUUGUUACUACUGCACUUCAGUAUCAAAUUGAUUCUUGUGAAAAUUUAUCAUUUGCUAUUAAAAAUAUCGAACAAAUAAAUAUCAAUGACAUUGAGAAUUUAAAAAAUUCUUGCGACAAAGUCAUUUCACUUUUGAAGACUUCAACUAUAGUUGAACCAGUACAAAAUGCAAUAUUAAAAGCAUUAUCAAAUUUGGAAAAUGAUGAAAAUAUUAAUAAUCAAAUAAAUUUACGAUAUGCUGUAAGAUCAAGUGCCGUUGGAGAAGAUAGUGAGGAAACAUCAGCUGCCGGUCAAAAUUCAACUUUCCUUGGCAUUCAGAAUCCAGAUAAUAUUUUAAAAUAUGUUUCUCACUGCUGGGCGAGUCUUUAUACCUAUCAGAGUGUGGAAUACAGGAGAAGAUUAGGUUUGCCUGUGAAAGCUUCAAUGGGAGUUUGUAUUCAAGUAAUGGUCGAUGCCGAAAUUGCAGGAGUCAUGUUUACAAGGCAUCCAACAACUGGCGAUCCAAGAAAUAUUAUCAUUACCUCAAAUUACGGACUUGGCGAGACAGUAGUUUCUGCAAUGGUGGAACCGGACACAGUAAUCAUUGAAAGAGAUUGGAACGAUAUAUUAACAAUUGAAAGCAUUGAAAUUGGAAAGAAAUAUCAAAAAAUUACAAUGACUAAAGAAUCGGGAACAAGUAUAAAGGAACUUAGUGAUGAGGAAAUAAGGAAAAAUUCUAUUUCAAAUAGAAUUGCUCUUAAUUUAGCUAAAGUUGGUGUAAAUUUGGAAAAUCUUUUUCAAAAUGCACGAGAUAUUGAAUGGGCAAUAAUUGAUGAAAAAAUAUUUUUACUUCAAUCACGUCCAAUUACAAGUCUCGAUAAUUGGACAGAUUUUGAAUUAACUCAUGAAUUAGAUUCUAUUGCACCUGUUGAAAAUGAUAUUCUUACAUUUGCUAAUGUUGGAGAAGUUUUUCCUGGAGUCACAUCACCAUUGACAAUCAGUACUUUUGUUAAACUUUUAAAUAUUUCAGUGAAUAAUAAUUUUAAGAAGCCCUCAAUUGUCCCUUACUUUGACAAUCAUUUACACAUUUCUUCUAUGAGAAUCACUAUUAAUUAUUUGAAUACAAUGUUGGCGUAUGUUACGAAAGAAAUGAGGCCAAGUGUUAAAGUAACAGACGUGGCUGUUUGUGGCCAUGUGAUAACAACGCCAGAGAUUUAUAAUCAAGCCAAGAAAAGAAAUGGUAUUUUAAAUUUGUUGGAAACUUUAGUGCAAACAAUAAAAAUGGUUUCAGAUACUUGGAAAGCCGAAGCAACAUUAAAAGAAAUGGAAAAACUUUUCGCAAAUAUGAAACUUGAUGCAAGCCAUUUUGAUACAAUUGAAGAACUUUAUCGAACUAUCGAUAAUUCACUGAUUCAAUUGGAAUUGGUAGGAGGUUGUCACAAUGCCACUUCGAGAAUAAGUAUUUUCUAUGAAAUUCUAUUAAUGUCAAUUUUAAUGGAGAAUAGUGAUGAUUUGACAGUUGAUCAUUUUUCGGACAUUGCUGUUUUAUUAAGUUCGUGUAAUAAUGUAAUAAGUGCACAAGUUCCAAUUGCUCUUCGUAGAAUUGCAAAUUUAAUUAGAGACACUGGUAAGUGGAAAGAGUUUGCACAAAUUAAUGCCAAUGAUGUUAUUAAUUGGUUAGAAAUUAAUUCCCCCCAAACUAUGGAAUUAUUAAACGAAUUCAUGAAAACUUAUGGGCAUAGAAAUAUCAAAGAAAUGGAUUUUAUCACUGAAACCUGGGAUAUGAAACCCGAAAAAUUAUUUAAUGCUCUUCAGGCAAUGGUGAAAGUUCCACUAGAUAAUACCGAGAUUAUCGAUCUUACUCCAAAGGAGACUGUUGUUAAAUUAAAAACGCCAAAGAAAAAUUUUACCCGAUGGAUUUUACAAAAAAUUGUUCCUUACGGAAGAAAAGCUGUUGCUCGCCGUGAAAUGACAAAAUCAAUUUUGACAAAUGCAUUUCAUAAAUUUAGAUUAAGUUAUAGAAAACUCGCUAAAUUAUUAGUUGAGAAAAGUCGACUGCCAGAUGAAAAUUUAAUAUUUUUCCUAACUCAUUAUGAAAUUGGAUUGUUAGUUAAAAAGUCGGAUUAUUUCUUAGUUCGAAAAGCAUUCAGAAGACAACGAUUGUACAUGAAACUUGAAAAGGAUCAAUUUUCAGAAUUGAACAUUGGAGUUCCUAAGCCACUUGAGCUGGCUAAUAUAAAUUCAAAACAUUUAAAUAUUACAAAAGUCAUGGGAUCUUCAGUUUAUAAUGGUAUAAUUUAUUCGAGAGCCUGUGUUAUAACAAAUGUAUCAGAAGCAGAUGAAAUUAAACAGGGAGAUAUUUUAAUUACUCGAGCAACUGAUAUUGGAUGGAGUCCUUAUUUUCCUUUAUUGGGCGGAAUAGUAACGGAACUUGGUGGUUUAAUCAGUCAUGGUGCUGUUGUUGCUAGAGAAUAUGGUAUUCCUUGCAUUGUUGGUGUAGAAGGUGCAACUUUAAUUUUCAAAACUGGUCAAAUGGUUUUGCUGAAUGCUACUAUUGGAACCGUGGAAGUUGCAGAAGAUAGUAGUUAAAUUUAAUUGAAAUAAUUUGUUAUAUUUUAUAUCGUUAUACGCAUAAAUACUCAAUGACGUAUAGACAACCAAAUAAAAUAAGGUACUUACUAAAAAGAAUAUCGAAAAUUUCUAAAUAUAUUUUUAAAUUUUAAAGAA